CGACCCCACCUGCUUAUCAAUCACUUCUCUUGUCGCUCAACGACAUCCAUCAUACAUGAAACCCUCCACUUUCUCUUCCCUCAACUUACUCACCCUUCCAAUCCAAUUAUCAUAUUACUCACCUCGACAUCCAAAUCCAGAAAAAAAAAAAAAAAAAAAGGUCAAGAUGGCCCCCCAAACAAUGCGCGCAAUCGGCAUCAAAAAUGGCGCUGGCCCCGCCGACUCCCUCUUCAUCAACCAAAUCUCCACACCCUCGCCCGGCCCCUCGCAAGCACUUGUAAAAGUCAAAGCAUUUGGCCUAAACCGGAUGGACCUGCUACAGCGCGAAGGAAAAUACCCAGUCCCACCUCAAGCACCGCCAACGCUGGGUGUGGAAUUCUCCGGCACAAUUGUGGAGCUAGGCGAGGGCGGCGCAACAGAGGACUUUAAAGUCGGCGAUGAGGUCUUUGGGCUUGCAUAUGGGGGGGCCUAUGCGGAGUAUAUUGCUGUUGCGACGGGGACGCUUAUUCAUAAGCCCAAGGAGUUGUCGUGGGAGGAGGCUGCGGGGACUCCCGAGACAUGGAUAACAGCUACCCAAGUCCUAUAUCUUGUCGGCGGCUUCAAGGCGGGAAACAGCGUGCUCUGGCACGCGGGUGCAUCCUCUGUCUCGAUCGCGGGGAUCCAGCUCGCAAAGGCCGCCGGUGCGUCAGCGAUCUACGUCACAGCGGGGUCGGACGAGAAAAUCGCCUUUUGCGUGGACAAGCUCGGUGCGACGGCUGGUUUUAAUUACCGCACCCAAGAUUGGGCGGAGGAGCUCAGUAAGGCCACGAACGGGCGCGGCGUGGACGUUAUCGUGGAUUAUAUCGGGGCUGGAUAUUUCCAGGAUAACUUGAAAUCUGCGGCGUUGGAUGGUCGGAUUGUGAAUCUGGCGUUCUUGGGGGGCGUGAAGGUUGAAGGGGGUGUGGAUAUUUCGUAUUUCCUGCGGAAGAGGGUCAGGUAUGAGGGGUGUACGUUGAGAAGUCGGGAUGAGGGGUAUCAGAGGAAGUUGAGGGAUAUGGUUAUUGAGAAUGCGUUGGAUAAGUUGCGCAGUGGGGAGUUUAAGGUGUUUAUUGAGAAGGUGUUUAAGUUUGAGGAUGUGAUUGAGGCGCAUAAGUUGAUGGAGAGUAACCAGACCAAGGGGAAGAUUAUUUGUACCAUCUAAAUAACGUAAUUCCCUAUCGACCCGGGGUAAUGUCAGGGCCCUUGCCAUGUAGACCAGGACGAGCACGUGAACUUCCUUACUUGGAUUAGCGUGGCGCGUGGAUAGGAGUACGUCGUCCAGCUUCACGUAGAUCUCUUCCCUUUUUCCUUCCUCUCCAUGCUUGAAGUUCUCGUCGAUAGCUGCCUAGAUAGCUGAAUAGCAUCCUAUUCAUCGUCUAGUUGAGUUCCGUGACACUAUCUCGGAUUCUCUGCACAGACCCAGUAAGUGGCAGUCAGUGACAGGGUUCCCCUCUCCGACUCAACAGAUUUUGAAGCACUGAACCACAUGCAUGCUGCCAUCGAUGAAUGAUAUUGCGCGGUAGGCCAUGAAAGAAAAAAACAUGAGUUCAU